UGCUUCGUUGCCUGAGGAGAGCCCGGCGCGAGGCCCCGCGCGCGCGAUCUUGUCGUCCCGCGGCGUGAGGAGAGCGGUGGCCGUGUCGUCGUUGUCGUCGUCGUCGUGGGGAUGAGGAGUCGCAGCAACUCCGGCGUCCGUCUGGACGGCUACGCCCGCCUCGUCCAGCACACCAUCCUCCGACGCCAGAACCCAGUGACGGGACUGCUCUCCGCCAGCCACGAACAGAAGGAUGCCUGGGUGCGAGACAAUGUCUACAGCAUCCUGGCCGUGUGGGGCCUGGGAAUGGCCUACCGCAAGAACGCAGAUCGAGAUGAGGACAAGGCCAAGGCCUAUGAGCUGGAACAGAACGUUGUGAAACUGAUGCGGGGCCUUCUCCAGUGCAUGAUGAGACAGGUGGAUAAAGUUGAAAAGUUCAAGCACAGCCAGAGCACCAAGGACAGCCUCCAUGCCAAGUACAGCACGUCCACCUGCAGCACGGUGGUCGGAGACGAUCAGUGGGGGCACCUGCAGGUCGACGCCACUUCGCUUUUCCUUUUGUUCCUGGCACAGAUGACGGCCUCAGGACUGCGAAUUAUUUUUACCCUGGACGAGGUGGCCUUCAUACAAAAUCUCGUUUUCUACAUAGAAGCUGCGUACAAAGUCGCAGAUUACGGAAUGUGGGAACGCGGAGAUAAGACGAACCAGGGCAUACCGGAGUUGAAUGCGAGUUCUGUAGGAAUGGCCAAAGCAGCACUUGAAGCUAUUGAUGAACUGGAUCUUUUUGGAGCCCACGGUGGACGCAAGUCGGUGAUCCAUGUCCUUCCUGAUGAAGUGGAACAUUGCCAGUCAAUCCUAUUCUCGAUGCUCCCGAGGGCCUCCACCUCCAAGGAGAUCGAUGCCGGACUCCUCUCCAUCAUCUCUUAUCCGGGAUUCGCGGUGGAAGACAUGAACCUCGUAAACGAGACCAAAAAUGAAAUCAUCACCAAGCUUCAGGGUCGUUACGGAUGUUGCCGGUUCCUCCGUGAUGGUUACAAGACUCCAAGAGAGGACCCAGGGCGACUUCAUUACGAUCCCGCCGAGCUCAAGCUGUUUGAAAACAUCGAGUGCGAGUGGCCUGUGUUCUGGACGUAUUUCAUCAUAGACGGGGUCUUCAACGGAGACGCGGUGCAGGUCCAAGAAUACCGCGAGGCCCUGGAGGGGAUCCUAAUCCGAGGCCAGAACGGAAUCCGAUUGAUGCCGGAACUGUACGCCGUGCCUCCUAGCCAGGUAGAUGAGGAGUACAAGAACCCUCACACCGUGGACCGGAUUCCUCUUGGGAAGACCCCCCACCUCUGGGGUCAGUCCUUGUAUAUCCUCAGUUGCCUCUUGGCCGAGGGAUUCUUAGCCACUGGAGAAAUUGAUCCCUUAAAUAGAAGGUUUUCAACUUCCGUCAAACCUGAUGUUGUUGUACAAGUGACCAUUUUGGCAGAAUCAAACGAAAUCAAGAAGCUACUCAGAAAACAUGGCUUCGAUGUUGACAGCGUUGCAGACAUCCAGCCCAUCCGAGUGCAACCAGCCCGAAUUCUCAGCACCAUCUAUUCCAAGCUAGGGCAGAACAAGAACCUGAAACUGAGUGGGCGGCCGUACCGGCACAUUGGGGUGCUGGGAACAUCCAAAUUGUAUGUGAUUAGGAAUCAAAUAUUUACUUUUACUCCUCAGUUCACAGACCAGCAUCACUUCUACCUGGCCCUGGACAACCAGAUGAUCGUGGAGAUGCUCAGGAUCGAGCUGGCUUAUCUCUGCUCCUGCUGGAGGAUGCGAGGAAGACCCACGGUCACGUUCCCCGUCACUCACACCAUGCUCACGAACGAUGGCUCGGACAUCGAUUCGGCCGUGCUCGCCACUGUCCGCAAAUUGGAGGACGGAUAUUUUGGAGGAGCGAGGGUAAAGUUAGGGAAACUGUCCGAAUUCCUCACCACCUCGUUCUACACGCACCUGACAUUCCUCGAUUCAGACUGCGAUGAGAAACUGUUCGACGACCACAGCGAACACAGCUCUGUCGCCGACAGCGAAUACGAACUGGAGGGAUAUAUGGAAGACUGCUAUAAUCCAGAAAGCCAAGAUGAACUUGACCAGUAUAUCAACCAAAUGCUGCAAAGCACAGCGCUGAAGUGCCACCUUCCUCCCCUUUCGAAGUCAGGGGAAGACCACCACCUUUUCAGUGCCGUCCACUCCACCCGGGAUAUCCUGUCCAUGAUGGCCAAGGCCAAGGGUUUGGAAGGCCCAAGUGUGUCCGUGUCUCUGCCCACAACAGUCUUAAGCACUCACCGGAAAUCGCUGAACCUCGUUGACUCUCCGCAGUCGCUAGCGGCAAAGGCGCCUGAAGCUGCCCUCUCCCUGCCCAAAGAUGCCCACGGAGAGGUGGAUUGCCAGAAGCUAGUCGAACAGCUGAAGGAUUGCCCCACCCUCCAGGACCAGGCAGAUAUAUUGUACAUCCUCUAUGUAAUGAAGGGCCCCCACUGGGAUACGAAUCUGUCGGGACAGGCCGGAGUGACCGUCCACAGCCUUCUCGGUCAACUCUACUGCAAGGCAGGCUUGAACAAGGAGUGGGGCCUGGUCCGCUACAUCUCCGGCAUGCUCAGGAAGAAAGUGGAAGUCCUGGCAGAGGCAUGCACCGACCUCCUGUCCCACCAGAAGCAGCUCACGGUGGGCCUGCCGCCAGAGCCUCGUGAGAAGAUCAUCAGCGCCCCUCUUCCCCCUGAAGAGCUGACUAAACUAAUCUAUGAAGCCAGCGGACAGGACAUCAGCAUCGCAGUUCUCACGCAGGAAAUCGUGGUGUACCUGGCGAUGUACGUGCGCUCCCAGCCCGGCCUCUUCGUCGAGAUGCUCAGACUCCGCAUCGGGCUGAUCAUUCAGGUGAUGGCCACCGAGCUGGCCCGGAGUCUGAACUGCUCAGGAGAAGAAGCCUCUGAAAGUUUGAUGAACCUUAGCCCUUUUGACAUGAAGAAUCUCCUGCACCACAUUCUAAGUGGAAAAGAGUUUGGGGUUGAAAGGAGCGUGCGACCUCUUCACUCCUCUACGUCCAGCCCUGCUAUUUCGAUCCAUGAAGUGGGACACACCGGAGCGACCAAAACAGAAAGGAGCGGUAUCAGUCGGCUCCGGAGUGAGAUGAAACAGAUGGCUAGGCGGUUUAGUGCCGAUGAUCAGUUCUUUUAUGUGAGCCAGUCCAUGUCCAGCAACAUGCAUUCUACCAAGUCCAUGAGGUGCAGCACCCCGUCGUCCCCCACCGGCACGGUGUCCUCCACGGACUCGAGCAGCCAUCACCUCGGCUGGGGGGACCGACAGGGCCAGUGGCUGCGCCGGAGGCGGCUGGACGGGGCCAUCAACCGCGUCCCCGUGGGCUUCUACCAGAAAGUGUGGAACAUCCUGCAGAAGUGUCAUGGCCUCUCCAUUGAUGGUUUUGUGCUCUCAUCUUCAACCACGAGAGAGAUGACGCCUUGCGAGAUCAAGUUUGCCGUCCACGUGGAGUCGGUGUUGAACCGCGUGCCCCAUCCCGAAUACAGGCAGCUGCUGGUUGAAGCCAUCCUCGUCCUGACCCUCCUCCUGGACCUAGAGGCGAGCAGCAUAGGGGGCAUAAUCCACGUGGACCAGAUCGUGCAGAUGGCCAACGACCUCUUCCGCCAGGAGCAGGCGUCGCUGGGGGCCGCGGACUGUCUGGACCGAGACCAGGCCACGGGGAUCUGCCAGCUCUUCUACGACAGUGCGCCCAGCGGCGCCUACGGGACGAUGACUUACCUGGCCAAAGCCGUGGCCACCUACUCGCAGGAAUUCCUGCCCCACUCGGGAUGCCCGGUGCAGUGACGGCGACCGUCUCCCGGAGACACCGCACCGGACAGGUCCGCCCGCUCGGGGUCCUGCCCUUCCCGGGACGGGACCAGACGGGGCCGGCGGCUCCUCCUCCCCGGAUCCGCCGGGCCCGGAGGAAGGGAGUCGUCGGACCUUUCGCCGGAGUGGGUAUGAAGCGGGAAUGUCGCGUCUCGUCCCGGGUUCCUGUUUCCAACCGGUAGACCUAAGCGCGCGUCCACGGGACUGCAGACUCUCUUGAAAAAAUCUCCAACUCCGGAGGCAGGGGUGAGUCCCGGCGGCAGCCCGGAGUUGUUUGUGUUUUGUUUGAUUUUUUAAUACCAACUAAAGGUGAGAAAGACUUCCACCUGAGCAAUAAGCAGGUGUCUGACAGGUCCAGCCUUUCAGGGACUGAACCCAGCCCAUGAUUUUCUCUGGGCCCGGAGCUGAAUGUUGCUUUUCCGUUGCCUUCUGGCAGCUCACUCAGAGCGGCGCCCGUGGAAGGUGCUGAGUUAGCAGACUGGGUGAGGCAUAACGGUCCAAUCUGGGUUUCCUGACAACCCGAGAUUUAAUCCGGGUGACAGUCAGAUGAGGAGGGUUGACCAGCCUGACCCUAGACCCCCCCCUCUGAGAACUGGUUGACCCUCUCGAAGGGUUGACCAGCGGGCGAUGACUGGCAGGGACCGAGGAAGCCUCCCCUCCUUUCUCAGAGUGGCGGGCAGCCGUGAGCCAGCGGGAGGGCCGUUUGCCCAUCUGUGGCUCUUCACAUCUGGCUUUGUGGCUACUAAUGCCCUAGUAGUGGGGCAUCUGUCAGUCGAUAAGCAGAGCACCUGUCGUGUGCAGAGCACUGGGCUAAGCGCUUGCUUGGAGACCCCCAAGGGAGUUAGUAGACGAGGAGUUUACAUCUUCAAUCUGGAACCCGUUUGGACAAUGGGGGAGGAGAGGAUGUGUAUCCAUUGUCCUUUCCUUAGGCUCACGGAGAGGCGAGUCGUAGGAUGUAGAUGAAAAUCAGUGGCCCGUUCCCGGCGCGAAAUGGCGCGUUGCUUUCGGAAUAGUACCUAGCAUGGCUCUUUUCACGGGCACGCUUUCGCUGUAAUGUUGCCGGCUUGGGUUUAGAAGCAGACCAGCUAGGGCUUUGCAGAUCUGUUCUCAGUGACUCGAGGAUUCGGCUCUUUGGGAAGUUCGUGGUCUAAUAAAAUAUUCAACCCUAA